CCCCCUGUCUCUCUCUCUACUUGGUCUUCUCUCUCUCUCUCUCUCUCUGCGUCGGGCGCACCAGGGAGAAGAAUCGCGAGUAUCUUCGCACCUUGUCCUCGACAGGGAAUCUGGGUGUGGAGAUAGAGAGAGAGAGAGAGAGAGAGAGAUCUUGUCCGAGAAAUGCGGUCAAUACCGUUAGGAACCCCCCUGUGCCCAGCUCUCCGUCGAAACAAGAGCACCCACCUCAAUUUCAAGAAACUCUCUCGCUUCCCUUCGCCUGGGGUCCCUCCUACGCUCGAUGACCUUCCCUCCAAACCGAGACUGUGCAGAGCCAGCCAAGUGGUUGAGUUAUUUCCGAUGGUCUCUCCCGAGAUUGUUGUCCGGGAGGCCCGGUUAGAGGACUGCUGGGAGGUAGCCGAGACUCACUGCAGUUCUUUCUUCCCCGAAUACUCUUUCCCUCUGGAUUUUGUCUUGAGAAUCGACAGGCUGGUGGGUAUGCUCGCUGGAUUCUCGAUACCAAAUGGUUGCCAGAGAGUGUGCCUGGUCGCUGUCAUUGGCAGCUCAGGCGGUGAAGCCUUGUUAUUUGGGAGUGAAGACAUCAGAAUAGGUGGUUUUGAUGGAAGAUUUAGUGUCAAUAAGGGCUAUGUUGCUGGUAUAUUGACAGUGGACACUGUUGCUGACUUUCUACCAAGAAAGGGACCACUUAGGCAGAGGAGGACUGGAAUUGCAUACAUAUCUAAUGUUGCGGUUCGCGAGAAAUACCGGCGAAAGGGGAUAGCUAAAAGGCUCGUAGCCAAAGCCGAGGCUCAAGCACGUGGCUGGGGAUGCCGAGCCAUCGCAUUGCACUGCGACCUGAACAACCCGGGGGCGACCAAGCUGUACAAAGGCCAGGGCUUUAGAUCCAUCAAGGUCCCGGAAGGAGCAAAUUGGCCUCAACCCAAGACGUCUCCGGACAUCAAAUUUGGCUUCAUGAUGAAGCUUCUCCAGAGCCCGGCCUCCGCCUAUAGACAUUCUUAAGAGCCAUAUUAGGAAGAAAAGGAGAAGGAGAAAUGUAGAUUAGGACCGGCCUUGCUUGUUUGUAAAUAUGUUAAGAAUGAGACUUGUGGAAUAGCUGCAGCUCUUGCGGCAACUCCAUAGUUGAUACUUAACAAGUCAUUUUACUACCAUCAUUAUAUUGUAUGAUGAAAUUGUCUGAAGCUUUUGUGAUUGACAAUGUUGUGUCCUAUCA